AGAGAGAGAGAAAGAGAAAGAUAAAGAAUAGAGAUUAAAGAGAUGAAAGUGAAGAAACCAGAAAAGAUGGUGUUAGUAGCAUUAGAAGAAAGAGAAGUAGAGAAGAAGAGAAAAGAAACCAUAGAGAUGCGUGCAAAUUCCAUAAACUUCUCCGUACUUAUUAUUCUCUUCCUUCUUUUCAUUCUCAUUUUGCCUCUUAUUUAAAUCUUUCUUUCACUUCAUUUACACUUUUCUUGAUUCUUGAUAUGCUUCUGUCGAUCUGCGGAUGCAUUCUUGAUGAAUCUGGGAUCGGUUAAAUUUUAGUGCCUUUUCGUUUCUAAUUUUUUUUUCUUCUAACUGUUAUCUAAAGAAAAAGAAACUUAAUUUGUUGUUGCUGCUGCAAAAUCUUGUUGUUUUAUGGUGAUAGAUUUUGGGUGUAGAUACUAUCAGAUUUGAAUCUUGGAAAGUUCUACUCCUUGGAUAUUAUUUUCUGAUUCCUGGAGCGUUUUCUUUCCCUUAAUUUCUUACAUUAAUUACACUGAACCCAGAAAAAAAAAAAAAAGAAACAGAAGAAGAAAAACAAAACAAAAGAAAAUUCACCUUUUUAGAUCACCCACCAUUUUUAUUUGUGGGUUCAUACGAAACAUCUGAUCAAGAGUCAACAGUCAACUGUAGUUUCUUUGCUGUUGGGUUUGCUGUUUAGGAUAAGAAAAAGGAAAAAAAAAAAAAACAAGUUGGGGUUUAUACUGGGUUGUAAUUCUUGUUGGGGUUUUUUACAUUCUAUGGGAAUACCUGAUACAUCACUAACAGAUCUAUUAGUAAAGGUUAAGUCUUGGAUAUCUUGGGGUGCAAGUGAUCUACCAUCUUCUUCUUUAUCUUGUGAAUUGGAUCAGAUGCCCAAAAUGUGUUGUGAAUGUAAUACAAACUUUACCGCUGGUUUGUGCAAUGGAUACAAUUGUCGAAGUUGUGGUAGGUGGUUGUGUGUCAAAUGUGCUGUCAUUGAGGAGUCCCAAGUUGUAAAAAGCAAUGGUGAUCAUAGUGAGGGUAUCAAAUCCUGCAAGUUCUGUAAUGGGAUUCCUAUGAGACGUGAAGGUGGGAGAAAGAGUAGCGAGAAAGUUUAUCCUUCAGACUCUCCUAGGGAGAGCCCUGAGCCUCCAUCCCCUUCUUACAGUGGUGAGUCAGUCCAGAGUGAUCGUCUUUCCCACUAUCUCGAAUCCCGGGAUUGUGGAUAUUCUCCCCUUGCAGUAAGUAGCAGGAGUAUGACCUCGUUCACUGCUCAUAACUCUUCAAGCAGGAGUGAUGAAGAAGAGGCAGAGGAUUCUGGGAAUCACUUUUACAGCCCGUUGAGUGAAUACUAUCAUGAUGUUUCAGAUAUAGAUUCAAGUAGUGUUAGUGCUAGACUUGAGUUCUACAGUUGUAAGUCAGUGGGAUCAAGUCCUUUAGACAGCCCUUCUAGGAUAGAUUUUACUUCCUAUAGAGUUGGGCGUCCUGUACAGCAGAGACAAGAGGAAAGCCCAUUGUCUCAACAUGACAGUCCUUUUGAUCAACAAACUCUGGCUAUUUUAAGACCCGACAAAGGGACUGAGGAUCCAGAAAUUCCUGAUGAUUACUCUGAUGAUGUGUCAAUGUCGCCUAAUCAAUAUUACAAGUCUCAAAAGCUAUUGGACUUUGAAAGCAAUGGCUCUAUCUGGUUUCCUCCACCUCCCGAGGUCGAAAACGAUGAGAUGGAGAGCAAUUUCUUUACAUAUGAUGAUGAUGAUGAUGAUAUUGGGGACUCGGGUGCAUUUUUCUCAUACACUAGUAGCCUCUCUGGUAUGUUUCCAUCAAAGGACAAACAUAAUGAGGGUAACAAGGAGCCUCUCAGAGCUGUGAUACAUGGGCAUUUUAGGGCUCUUGUAUCCCAGCUUUUACAGGGGGAGAAUAUUAAAAUCUGCAAGGAGGAUGGUGGCGAGGACUGGCUUGACAUAAUUACUGCAAUAGCAUGGCAAGCUGCAAGUUUUGUGAAACCAGAUACUAGCAGAGGAGGCAGUAUGGAUCCUGGUGAUUAUGUAAAGGUUAAAUGUAUAGCAUCAGGAACUCCUAGUGAUAGCACCCUUGUGAAGGGAGUAGUUUGUACAAAAAAUAUAAAGCAUAAGCGCAUGACUACACAAUACAAAAACCCAAGAUUACUUCUUUUAGGAGGAGCACUUGAAUAUCAAAGUGUUGUGAAUCAGCUGGCAUCUUUUAAUACCUUGGUGCAACAGGAAAAUGAUCAUAUCAAGAUGAUUAUGUCAAAGAUAGAGGCUCUUCGCCCAAAUGUUGUGCUAGUAGAGAAGAGUGUAUCUCCAUAUGCCCAAGAAUAUCUAUUGGCUAAGGAAAUCUCUCUGGUGCUUAAUGUGAAAAAGCCCUUACUGGAACGUAUAGCUCGGUGUACUGGUGCAUUUAUCAGUGCAUCAAUUGAUAAAAUUUCUACCGCACGAUUGGGGCACUGUGAAUUGUUCCGAGUAGAGAGAGUGUCUGAACAACACGAGACUGCCAAUCAGUUCAACAAAAAGCCAUCUAAAACAUUGAUGUUCUUUGAAGGAUGUCCAAGGCGUUUAGGAUGCACGGUCCUCCUGAGAGGUACAUCACGCGAAGAACUAAAGAAGGUUAAGCAUGUCGUUCAAUAUGCAGUUUUUGCAGCCUAUCAUUUGUCUUUAGAAACUUCCUUCCUUGCUGAUGAGGGUGCAAGUCUUCCUAAGACGACUCUUAAGCACUCAAUUGCUAUACCAGAGAGGGCAACUGCUGAUAAUGCCAUUUCACUUAUCCCUCCUACUAAUUGCCAUGCCAUAGCUGAUGCUUCCACCCAAGAUGAGGAACCUGUGGAUCUCAAAUCUGAGCAUGUAGGAUCCAAAUCAUUUAGCAAUGUUUCUCCUCUAUUUCCUGGUUCCAUGGAUUUAGCGAAUACAUGCUAUAAUGCUUUCCAUGAUGAUUUAGUGUCUAAUGUGGGAUAUGACUUGUUUACUACAAAUCAAUCUGAGGAUCAAAAUCUGCCAAUGGUGCCUCCUGUUACGAAAGGCCUUGCAGCUGAAGACUUGCAAGAUGUUAUUGCUCAGGAGGAAAGGCGGCUUAGGGAGGCUCAUGAAUCUUCAAAAUCAGAGAGGAUUGAUGAAGAUGAAGUGUCUAGUGAUUACUUCUCAGCAACUGACACACACCAGAGCAUAUUAGUCUCUUUUUCUAGCCGUUGUGUACUGAAAGGAACUGUAUGUGAGCGUUCACGGCUCCUGCGCAUAAAGUUUUAUGGAUCUUUUGACAAACCACUUGGAAGAUAUCUACGCGAUGACCUCUUUGAUCAGACUUCUUACUGUAGGUCUUGUAAGGAGCCAGCUGAAGCACAUGUACUAUGUUAUACUCACCAGCAGGGAAAUCUUACAAUCAAUGUUAGAUCCCUUUCAUCUUUAAAGCUACCUGGGGAAAGAGAUGGCAAGAUAUGGAUGUGGCACCGAUGCCUAAGGUGUGCUCAUAUAGAUGGAGUUCCACCUGCAACUCGUAGAGUGGUUAUGUCAGAUGCUGCUUGGGGGCUUUCUUUUGGAAAGUUUUUGGAGCUGAGCUUUUCAAACCAUGCAACUGCUAAUCGCGUGGCUCCUUGUGGUCAUUCAUUGCAGAGGGACUGCCUUAGGUUCUAUGGGUUUGGGAGCAUGGUUGCAUUCUUCCGCUAUUCCCCAAUUGAUAUCCUUAAUGUUUAUUUGCCUCCUCCAGUGCUUGAAUUCAAUGGCCAUAUUCAGCAAGAGUGGAUAAAAAAAGAGGCAGCUGAGCUUUUGGGCAAUAUGGAAGCCUUCUAUGCAGAAAUUUCUGAUGUGCUUGACAGCAUGGAACAGAAGAGCAAGUCUUUUGGAAACGAACUAUCAGAUUUGAAUGAGUUACAGAAUCACAUUGUGGAGCUGAAAGAUCAACUUAGAAAAGAAAGAAAUCAUUACAAUGGCAUACUACAAGUAUAUAUUGGAGGGAGUUCACAACUGGGUCAGACACCUUUAGACAUUCUAGAACUUAAUAGCCUGAGACGUGCUCUGCUAGUUGGUUCACAUGUUUGGGAUCGUCAGCUUUAUUCAUUGGAUUCUCUCCUUAAGACAAAUUCUGUUAUCAAGGCUAUUCAUGGGGAUGCAUCUAAUGCAAGGCUGAAAGAGUUGAGAAGUGAUACUUGCAAAGAUUGCAAACCUGAGAAUGGUCAUGUUGAAAAUGCCUGUGGCUAUGCAAAACAAGAAGACCCUGUUGGGAAUGGCCUACUGUUAGAGCAGAAUAAAAAUAGUCUAUCCUUUGAACAGUAUAUUGCUGAAGAUUCUAUGUCGACUUUGCAUCAUCAUAACAGAGAGGAGGAAGCACAUUCUGAUGGGGAAAUUACUGUAAAUAGGACAUGCUUUGAUGACAUACCCUCCAAAGCUUCCACUCUGUCUGAUAGAAUUGAUUCUGCAUGGACAGGUACUGACCAACUCCUAAACAAAAUUCAACCUCCAUCUGCGUCUCAGAUUGAUGGAUUUCAAGUUGGGCCUGUUAAGCAGAUGAGUAUGUGUGAUAAUCAUCCUCUUAAGAAGAUGCUAGCACCAGUAAGAGUUAAUUCUUUCGACUCUGCACUGAGAAUACAAGAAAGAAUCAGGAAAGGAUUGCCUCCUUCUUCAUUGUAUUUGUCAACUCUCAAAUCAUUUCAUGCAUCUGGUGAUUACAGGAGUAUGGUGCGAGAUCCUGUUUUAAAUGCAAUGAGGGCUUGCUCCCAAACAUUGCCGCUGGAGGCCCAGAAAUUGAAUUUACUUCCCAGUUCUUCAUCCUCUUUUAUCUCCUCUGCAUCUCAUAUGACGGGAGGAGCUAGGCUGUUGCUUCCUCCGAGGGGCCAAAAUGAUAUUGCUAUUGGCGUGUAUGAUAAUGAUCCUGCCAGCAUAGUAUCAUAUGCCCUUAGUUCCAAGGAAUAUGACGAUUGGGUUGCUGAUAAGUCAAAUGAGAAUCAAGGAAGCUGGGGUAUGAAUGAGCACUACAAGGAAGAAUCUGCAACUUCGACAUUGUCGACCUGGCAAUCUUUUGGUUCACUGGACAUGGACUAUAUCCGAUAUGGAAGUUAUGGGUCUGAAGAUCCUUCAUCAUCCAUUGGUACUCUGUUUAUGGAUUCCAAAAGAUCACCACAUUUAGCAAUAUCUUUUGGUGAUGAUUCUUCAACUGCUGCAGGGAAAGUAAAAUUUUCUGUCACUUGUUAUUUUGCUAAGCAAUUUGAUUCUCUUAGGAAGAAAUGCUGCCCCAAUGAAGUGGAUUUUGUACGUUCCUUGAGUCGCUGUCAAAGAUGGAGUGCCCAAGGAGGAAAAAGCAAUGUGUAUUUUGCCAAGUCGUUGGAUGAGAGAUUCAUUAUAAAACAAGUGAAAAAGACUGAGUUGGACUCUUUUGAGGAAUUUGCUUCAGAAUACUUCAAAUACUUAACAGAUUCUCUUAGCUCAAGAAGUCCAACUUGCCUUGCAAAAGUUCUUGGUAUUUAUCAGGUUACUGUAAAGCACUUAAAAGGUGGCAAGGAAAUGAAAAUGGAUGUAAUGGUAAUGGAAAAUCUCUUCUUUAAGAGAAGUAUUGCAAGGGUCUACGAUCUCAAGGGUUCUGCCCGAUCCCGCUACAACCCAGAUACAACUGGGGAAAACAAAGUAUUGUUAGAUAUGAAUCUGGUAGAAACACUGCGUACAGAACCAAUAUUUCUUGGAAGCAAGGCGAAGAGAAGCCUAGAGAGAGCUAUAUGGAAUGAUACUAAUUUCUUGGCGUCGGUUGAUGUUAUGGACUACUCUUUGCUGGUUGGGGUGGACCAUGAGAGAAAGGAGCUGGUAUUAGGUAUCAUUGAUUUCAUGAGACAGUACACAUGGGACAAGCAUUUAGAGACAUGGGUUAAGGCAUCUGGAAUCCUUGGAGGUCCGAAAAAUGCUUCCCCGACAAUUGUUUCUCCGAUACAAUACAAGAAAAGAUUCAGAAAAGCAAUGACUUCAUAUUUUCUUACUGUUCCUGAUCAAUGGUCUUCAUGAACCGAACAAUUGCAUAUUCUUUCAAUUCAGGAUAAAAAAAAUAGCAUUUGUUCAUUGAUAGAUGGUGUUAAUAAUAGCAUAGAGAUAAGUGGGACGGGAAGGAACAUCAAUCCCUUCCCAGUACAAAAAAUUUUCCACCCCUUGACCGCUGAAAUUAUCUGUGUACGAGGGAACAGAAAAUCUUUUUUUUUUUUUCUUUUUCUUUUUGAGACCUUUGUACAUCUUUUUAUAUAUGUGCAAGGUUCACCUCAAAGAGAAAGUGCUUCUUUGAUAUGCCUUGCAUUAUUUCUACUCUA